AUGCCAUUAUGGUAUAAUCAUUUAUGUCAUUUAAUUCCACCAAUUGCUUUGGUACUCGAUGCUUACUUAUGUCAUCCGAAAAUAGUUUCAUUCUACAAUGCAUUAAAGAUCGAAUGUUUCAUUGGAAUCAUUUAUAACAUCUUCAUAGAAACUGGAAUAAUUUUAUGGAAUACAUCACCAUAUCCACAAUUUCUUAAAUAUAAUCUAUUACUUAGAUAUUUCAAUUAUACAAUCACUUGGUCUAUAUCUAUUGGAUUUUUAUUACUUGGUAAAAAAUUUAUUCAUUAUUUACAUAAAAGUAUAAAAAAGAAAAUAAAAGUAACAAAUUCACAUGAUGAUUUAAAAGAAAAAAGAUUGAAAACGAAGAAAAAAUAGGAGAAAAAAAAGAGAUGAAAGAAAUACCAAAGUUGAAUAAAUCAUCAACACCCCUAUUAUCACCACCCCGCCCCCCACCAUCGUCACCACUACCACCAUCAACAACAACAACAUUAAAAAAGAAAAGAAAAGAAAGAAAAGUACUCUUGUUUAUUUCUUAUUUUUCUGUUUUCUUUCUAAUAUAUAUAUAUAUCAUUAAUAUUUGCUUUAAGAAUAAUAUAGUUAUCAUGAAUUGUCAAUGAAAAUGAUUAUAGGAAUGUUUAAAGGGACUAGUUACCGUUUGAUAAACUUCAACUCUACAAUUGUAUACAUCAUUUCAAUGUGAC